UGUCGCGCUUCCGUUAGCAUUGAGAGCUAGCUGGCAGGUCUGGUUGGGGAAGAGGCUGUGCAGGAAGGAGACCUGCGCAGCCAGACAGAUAUCGGUGACUUCAGAUAUCCCCAGUUAAUCCUUGAGCUAACAAUUAUCCCUCCAUGCUGACCAGAAAAGGAAGAUAACGUUAAUAGCUUGGCACUGCCUCCAUCUAAAUUAGCAACCGACCAAGCCAGUUAAGGGGAGACCGCGUUUUGGUUUUGAGGGGCUUCUUCUCUCUCUUCUUCUUUUUUUUUUUGGCAGUUUUCUUUUUAGGACAUAAAAAGUACCAACUGCAAGCCUCACCUUACGGUCUGUCUAAGUAUGAGGUUGCCGAGUAGCAAACAUUUUGCGACUGAAGGAGAUGGAAAGAAAAUGGACCAACCUCCUCCGUUCAGAAACCCUUUUGUGCACGUCUUGAAAUUCACUCCACUGGAAAAGGCAAAGAUUGGAUUAAUGACGGUGACGCUAUUCCCUAUUCGUCUGCUCAUAGCAGCAUUUAUGAUGCUACUGGCUUGGCCUUUUGCCUUCCUUGCUUCAGUGGGGCGCUCCGAGACCACUGUUGAACCCCAGUGCCUCUGGAGAAGACUGGUGGACAUCAUCCUAAGAGUGAUCAUGCGGAUCAUGUGGUUUGCGGGAGGCUUUCACUGGAUAACUGUGAAAGGGCAAAGAGCUCUGCCUAGAGAAGCACCCAUCAUCACCCUGGCACCCCACUCCUCUUACUUUGAUGCCAUCCCCGUCACAAUGACAAUGUCCUCGAUAGUCAUGAAGGCUGAGAGCAAGGAUAUACCCGUUUGGGGAACUUUGAUAAAAUACAUUCGGCCGGUGUUCGUAUCCCGAUCAGACCAGAACUCAAGAAAGAAGACAGUCGAGGAGAUCAAGCGGAGAGCUCAUUAUGGAGGAGAUUGGCCUCAAGUCAUGAUUUUUCCAGAGGGGACCUGCACCAAUAGAUCCUGCCUCAUUACCUUUAAGCCAGGAGCUUUUAUUCCUGGUGUUCCAGUACAGCCUGUUGUGAUUCGCUACCCCAAUAAACUGGACACAAUCACAUGGACGUGGCAAGGACCAGGAGCUUUUAAAAUCUUGUGGCUGACUCUCUGCCAGUUACACAACGAAUUUGUGAUAGAGUUCCUUCCCAUUUACACCCCUUCAGAGGAGGAGAAAAGAAAUCCUGCUCUCUUUGCUGUCAAUGUGAGACGAGUCAUGGCCAAAGCCCUUGGGGUACCUAUCACAGAUUAUUCAUUUGAAGACUGCCAGCUGGCGAUGGCAGAGGGCCAGCUGAGGCUGCCGGUCGACACCUGUCUGUUGGAGUUUGCCAAGCUUGUCAGGAGACUGGGGCUGAAACCCCAGAACACCGAGAAGGUUUUGCAGGAAUACGGGAACAGAGCCAGAAAGCUGGAAGGGCAGAAACUUGCCUUGGAAGACUUUGCUCACUUCCUUGAUGUUCCAGUUUCAGAUAUGCUGCGCGACAUGUUUGCUCUUUUCGAUGAGCAUGAAGAUAACAGCAUGGAUAUUAGAGAGUAUGUCAUAGCCUUAUCCGUUGUAUGCAGACCUGCCAAAACUCUGGAAACGAUGAAAUUGGCUUUCAAGGUAG